AUGGCGCCGUUCGCGGAGCGCGUGGACGGGCGUGAGGGCGCGGAGGGGGAGGAAGAGGCGAGGUGGGCGCGGGCGACGCGCGGGCGAGCGAUGGGAGCGAUCGAGCGAGUGCUCGUGGGAGAGGGCGGAGCGGCGCGGACGCUGAACGGACGAAACGCGAGCGCGGCGUCGACGUCGACGAUUGGUGGAGGACGAAAGGGGCGCGAUGCGGAUGGAGAGGCGGAGAAGAACGCGAUGUACGUGAGGUUGUGCGAGGUGGAUGGGUCGGACGAGAGAGCGCGGGCGGUGGAUGGUGUGAUUGAGGCGUUGGAACGGAGCGCGGCUGCUUCGGAUUCUAUUCGACGGUUGGUUUUCGCGCUGAGCGAUACGAGGCGGCGAGAUGCGUCGACGGCUCGCUCCGGGAGUGGUGUAGAGGUAUUCGGAAGCGUCGAUGCGCUCGGUCAGACGUGUGGGGUGCCCGUGAGCGGGACGCCGGAUUGCGGGAGGCUUCGGAGCACGCGCCCUGACGCACCGUUUGGAGCGGGCGAGACGUCAGAGGCAUCAACGUACACGGUUCCGACGCUUCGACACGGAUCCGUGUUCGGUGCUAUCACGUCUGUAUAUGAUACCGAAGAGGACGUGGAGGCCGCGACGCGUUCGAUGCCUCUUGCGACGAGCGAGCUUGACAUGGUCGUCGCGGAAGAGUCAGCGAAUCGGGAGAACGACGAGAACGCAGUGGCGUGGUUAGCUGCAGCCGAGGUCAUGGCGACAACGUCGUCCAAAGGGGCGUGCUGGGACGAAACAUCGACUGCAGUCCGUGAGCUUGCGAGCGCCCUGGACUCCACGCGUUUCGACGCGGCGUAUAGAAGUGUGUUUCGCGCGGUGAAGGGACUGGAGAGCGAACCGACGAUUGCGAGUGAAAGCGAUUGCUCGCACGUCGCCAUGGCCGCUUUAGGUGGGUGCCAAACAAGCUCGGAUAUCAUAUGCGCGGUGGCGUCAGGGGCGAACGGCACUCGCAUGCGUUUCACGGCGAGCUCGAGUUUGGCGUUCAGACAUGCACUUAAAAUCACUGCGCCGGCGGCGGAGCGACGAUGCGAACUGGAUUUCAUCCUAGAGCAAAUGACGACGCCGUACAUGCGACCGGUAGCGAGUUCGGUUCGAGAUAUUCUUCGCGCGCACAAGUUGGCUCUGCAGUCGAUGCCGCAGGUGGUGAUGGAGCGGCGCGACGCUGAGCGCGACAAUGACGCCCUCACGCAGAAAUGCGCCGACGUCACUGUGCUCGAGCUCACCGCACACACGAAGCGUUUACGGCGUCAGAUCGACGUCAUUUUCAACAUGCUGACGGAAAAGAAGUUUGCAGAAACGAGAUUGGUGAGCCAUGUCAAGCUUUUGCGGCGAUUGGAGACGUCACUGUCGCACGUUGAGGACGAAGAGACGCCGAUGAUCCAAUACAUGUACGCCAAAGCAGUGAAACCCGUCUUUGACGAUACACUUGCAUGGAUGUUCCACGCCGCGUCGUCCGGAUCAACUUCCGACUUUUACAUAUGUUGCUCUUGCGACUGGGCACAACUCCGGAUAUUUGAGGAAUACCGAUCCGGCCGAGACAGACCGUAUUGGCUCGGUGGCAAAGUGCACGAUGGGGAAGACGAGGACGCCGAGAUGGAUUCACUCAACCUCGCGUGUCUUCGCCCGGGCUACCUUCCUGCGCUCGUCGCCCACGAAGCGAAUGAUGUACUGAACAUUGGAUUACAGUUGCGCAUACUCCAGAGAUUGCCUCAAACGCGAGCGUUCGCCUGUGAAGUUGGCGGCGCUUUCGCCGAGGUGUCCGCAUUCGAGGCACACACAGAGCGUGAUGCGCGGCAGUGGCUCAAUCGAGUGCGACUUCUCGGUUCGAAAGUUAUGACUCUUGCGCGUGAAAGCCUGGAUAGUAUGCGUACAGCCCGAGAACAGAGGGCUUCGGAAGUUGAAGCUGCUCGCUUGGAGGCAAUCGCGCAGGCAAAAUCAGCAUCCAUUGUGCGAGAGAAGGCUCGUCUUGACAAAUUGUUGGCGAUCGAGCAGACAAAGGCCGCAGAGCGCAAGGUUGCCCUCGAGGAACUCGACGAGCGCGAGCAACAACGGCGCACCGCGCGCGAGACGCGCAUCGCUGAAGAGCGCGCGUGGUUGGAACAUGAAGAGGCUGAGCAUCGCAAAGCUGAGCGACAGAAGGCUGAGGCGAAGAUGGAGGAGAAACGGAUGAGGUUGGAAACUGAAAACGCCAAGACACAAUGGUUUGCAUGGAACAAAGCGCGUCUUGGUCUCUCGGAGAAGAGAAGAGCGUUCGUGCGCAGACUCGAGGCCGAGGAAGAGGAAGGAGCCAUAGCGGCUUUGGCGGAUGCGAUGCGUGACGGUGUGAAAAUCAAGCCGAGUCGUCUCGUCAUAGAGCCGUUCGUGAGCUCUUUGAGCACGCGCGAAGUUGACGAUAAGAGUGGUGGUGACACGACAUCAGACGACGCACUUUCGAAUUAUGUCGACUUGGAUGAAGCUCUUGACGUAUCCAUGGAGAGAUCCGAAUCCAAAGAAUCACUCAAAUCUCCGAUCGCGCUCGUAAUGGAUCAACAUGACGACACGGUCGCACUCAAAGACGACACGGAAAAAGAACGGGCACUUGACGUAUCGAACAUUAACCCCGUCGUCGCUCAGCCAUUCAUCUCGACCGUUAGCGAUCCGGAAUACCUGGGCGAGUCAUGUGGUGCUCCGUUACCUCUUAUACUCAAUCAGGAAAUGCGGGAAAUUGUUGCACGUCAGUCCGUCACCAUCGGGCAUUACGUAUCGACAGUUCUGCUCGAUCACCUCGCGCUCGAAGCGCACCUGGAUGCGGUUUUACGUUUCGCCAUGGCCGGGGAUAUGUCUUUCUGUGAUAUGUUGUUGCAACACAUGCGCGAAUUGUGCUUCGACGCGAAAGUGCAAAUGACGCGAACGGUGACUGUGCUUUUGAGCAAAGCUCUCGAAGGGGCGAUCGAUAAAAUUGGCUCACGCGACGAUUCUUUCUGUGAGCGCCUACGUAUGCGAGAAAGGACAGACGUCCUGGUCACUUUCAACACCGAAAGCUUAAAUCUGUGCAGUGCGUUUGAAUGUGUGUACGCCGUGCCGUGGCCCAUGAACCUGGUGUUCGCAAACGUGGAUGAGGAUUUUGCCUUGGCGCACACUCAGUCAGCUUUGUUUCAGAUACGAUACGCUGCCAUCGCAGUGAAAGAGGUCUCGGCCUUGAUCCAUGCGAGCUCGAAAUCGAGGGUGCUGAUGGAUUCCACGCAGACGAAUGCAGACUUGAGAUCACGCCGCUUGCGCAAAUAUUCAGCCGCGGUGGCGGCGCUUCAACACUUCGUCGACGCCCUACACGGACAUGUUUUUGAAGCUAUUCACGUCGGCGCGCGCCAGACCUUGUUCGAUGAGUUACGAGACGAGAAUGGUGAGAUCAUUCCCAUCGGCAUCCACGCCACGUGCUCCGUCAUCGACCGUUUUUGUGCUCAGGCGCACGCUGCGUGUUUUUUGCGUCCUGUUGACACCGCGCUCAAAGCUUUAAUCGACGACGGUCUACAACUUGCCUUGGAUUUCCGGGCGCUGUUCUCAUCUAUAAACGAAGAGACAUUGCUGGCCGACGGCGAUGUGUUCAUCGCCGCUCAGCAGAUACACGCAAAGUUCCACACGUUGAUGACGCAACUGUGCUUCCGCGCGCGCAUCACGUCGAGCGAAUCGGCGAGAGGACUGAUCCACCGCUUGGAUUUCAACGAGUUCUAUCUCUCCGCGGCGAUUGAUUUAGAAUUUUAG